AUGGCCAAAAGAUAUUCUGCUCAGAGAGCCUUGGAGCUAAUAAUGGAUGAGAGUGAGUGGAAUGCAUUAGAGGAACACGGUGAAGUGGAACAGGAAGACAUUUCUGAAGAUGAGGAUAAUAUGGAGGUAAACUCAGCAUUUGACACCGAAUUGGAAGAUGAACUUGACUCAGAGCCAGCUGCUGGAAGACCCCCACAGCCAGCCGCUGAAGGACCCCCACAGCCAGCCGCAAGAAGACCCCCACAGCCAGCUGCUGGAAGACCCCCACAGCCAGGAGAAGAGGUGAAGACAUACAUGUCAAAGGACGGCAGGAUUGAAUGGUGUUCAUCCCCAAUAAGUGAGCCCACUCGCUUGUCUGCAAAUAUAAUAAGGAUGGUACCCGGGCCGACACGAAUGGCAGUGACGCAUGUUCAUGACAUCAAGUCAUCAUUCGAGCUUUUGAUGCCAGACUCAAUACAAAACAUCAUAUUGGACAUGACCAAUCUUGAGGGGAGACGGGUUUUUGGGAAGGAAUGGAAAGAGUUGGAUAUUACACAUGUGCAUGCAUACUUUGGCAUCCUUAUUCUUGCAGGUGUGUAUAGGUCAAGAGGGGAGUCCACUGAGAGUCUGUGGGAUGCUGAAACAGGGAGAGCCAUUUUCAGGGCAACAAUGUCUCUUGAGACUUUUCAUAUUCUUUCAAGGAUCGUCAGGUUUGAUGACAUGGAGACCAGACCUGCUAGACAACGGAGGGACAAGUUGGCAGCAAUCCGCACAGUGUGGGACAAGUGGGUGCAGCGGCUUCCAUCCCUCUACAACCCUGGGCCAAAUGUUACUGUGGAUGAACGGCUUGUGGGGUUUAGAGGCCGCUGCCCUUUCAGGCAGUAUAUUCCCUCCAAGCCAGCAAGGUAUGGAAUAAAAAUCUGGGCUGCCUGCGAUGCUGUAUCAUCCUAUGCAUGGAAUAUGCAAAUGUGUACAGGGAAGCCAGAGGGAGGAGUGCCUGAGAAAAACCAGGGGGCAAGAGUGGUGCUUGACAUGGUGCAGGGCCUCAGUGGCCACAAUGUCACCUGCGCUAAUUUUUUCACAUCGCACAGCCUGGGACAAGAACUUCUCAGAAGAAAAGUCACAAUGAUUGGAACAGUACGAAAAAACAAGACAGAGCUUCCCCCUCAUCUUCUAACGGUGAAGAAAAGGCCAGUUCAUUCCUCCGACUUUGUGUUCACAGACAACACUGCCCUGGUAUCCUACAUACAAAAAAAGGGCAGAAAUGUCAUUCUCAUGAGCACGUUACACAGAGAUGCAAAGAUCAGUGGCCGUGAGGACCGUAAGCCAGAUAUAAUACUUGAUUACAAUGCCACCAAAGGAGGAGUAGAUAACUUGGACAAGCUGCUGUCCUGCUACAGCUGCCAAAGAAGGACCUUGAGGUGGCCACUUGUGAUAUUCUACAACAUGCUGGAUGUCUCUGCUUACAAUGCCUUUGCACUUUGGAUGGCAAUAAACCCAGAAUGGAACCAAAAGAAGCUCCAAAGAAGACGCAUUUUUCUGGAGGAGCUUGGCAAGGCACUGGUGACACCUCACAUGCAGCGAAGACAACACAUGCCCAGGAACCCAGCCUCUGUUGCUAUAUUGAGGAAGAUGGUGGCAACUCCUGCUGCUACACCUGCACGGCCAACACAACCACAACCUGCAGUGCCUGAAAUUGCACCCUGUGCCGGCAAAAGGAAGCGCUGUGAGGUCUGUGGACCCUCAAAGGACUCCAAGACACAGACUACAUGCAGCAACUGCAACAAGUACAUCUGUGCUAUACACACGAAGAAGUUCUGUACAUCAUGUGUUUCCUAA